AUGCCGUGGGCUCUUCCAUCUAUUAGGAGAGAUCUUCUUCUUCUAGGAAAUCAGAUUCCACUGGUUGUUCUACAGACUCUACUAGACACAGCAAAUUUUUUGCAGCCAAGUGAUUUACAAGAAAUCGCUCUUAAGUUCUUCAACGGUUCCUUUAAAGUUGGAGAGCGAUCUUUGGUAAAGAAACACCCCAAAUUUAAAGCAAAGCAUCUUCUUGAUAUGAUCCGUCAGACUUUGAUUCUCAUUCAACCUCCAGCUGAAGGAGACAACAAUGCUGCCAUUCCCAUUCAACCUCCUCAAUCUACUAGUGUUACAAUUCCAGUUGAAGGAGACAACAAUGCUGCCAUUGCACUUCAGACUAGGUUAACAUUGCCAGUGAACAAGCUUCGUAAACGUGGCAUUAAAUUUGAGGUCAAGAAGGGUGCGCGGACAUUAUUGGAUAUAAGUUUCAAGAAUGGCGUGCUUCAAAUUCCAGAAGUAAUCCUGGAUGAUUUUAUCAGCGUUUUUUUGUUAAAUUGCAUUGCAUUUGAGCAGUUCCAUGCAAAGUCAACAACCGAGAUAACAAGCUACGCUAUGUUCAUGGGCUGCCUUAUUAACAGUGAGAGAGAUGCAUCAUAUCUUGCUGAGAAAGGGAUCAUACAGAACUAUCUCGGAACAGAUCAAGAUGGUGUGUCUCGAUUUUUCAAGUGA